AUGAUUCAAAAAAACAUAAAUGAAUUAAAUAAUCAGUUUAUUAAAACCUUAAGUUAUCCUUCUUCUUCAACAAAAUCACAAAAUAAAGACAUACUAAACAAUAUAACAAAUAACAUCAACAUUAAGAAUAAACCCAAACCCACAACAACAACAACUACUACAACCACUACAACUACUACUGCAAAUGCAAAUUCCUCUUCAAUUAAUACAAAUAAUAAUACAACUCAUCAAUUAAACCAGUUUAAUUUAUUGUCAAACAAUGGCCAUAAUUCUUCCAAUAUUAAUACCUUAACUUCUAAAAAUAAUAAUAACAACAACAAUAAUAAUAACAAUAACAACAACAAUAAUAAUAACAAUAAUAACAAAAAUAAUAAUAUUAAUACCAACAAUAAUACCAAUAACAAUGAAGACUUUAAAUUCAAUCCAAAAAUUAAUCCUCAAAAUAACUUUGUCAAAAUUAAACCCUUAGAUCCAAAAUUGACAAACAAUAUCGAAAAAGUCAUAAAAUCCGUUAACGAUGCUAACAAAAGAGUCUCCAAUAUACAAAAUAUCACCACUAGUUCCUACUCUAAAAAAAUUAAAAAAAACUUUGUGGGCCCUUGGAAACUAGGCAGAACCUUAGGAAGAGGCUCUACUGGUAGAGUUAGACUAGCAAAAAACUGCAAAACUGCCCAACUAGCUGCUGUCAAAAUCGUACCCAAAUCAAACAUCCUAAAAUCAAACACAAAUGGCCAAAACAAUAACAGCAUCAAAAACAAUUACGGAAUCGAAAGAGAAAUCCAAAUCAUGAAACUAAUCAACCAUCCAAAUAUCAUGGCCUUAUACGACGUCUGGGAAAACAAAGGCGAACUAUACCUAGUACUUGAAUACAUAGAAGGUGGUGAAUUGUUUGAUUAUCUUGUCAAAAAGGGCUCUUUGCCCGAAAACGAAGCUGUCCAUUACUUUAAACAAAUUGUAAAUGGCGUCAACUAUUGCCACUCCUUCAACAUUUGCCAUAGAGACUUGAAGCCAGAAAACUUACUCUUGGAUAAACACCAAAACAUCAAAAUUGCUGACUUUGGUAUGGCUGCUUUUGAAGUACGUGAUAAACUUUUAGCAACUUCCUGUGGUUCUCCCCAUUAUGCUUCUCCCGAAAUUGUUGCUGGUGAAAACUAUCAUGGUGGGCCCUCUGAUAUUUGGUCCUGUGGUGUUAUAUUAUUUGCUUUAUUAACUGGUCACUUGCCCUUUGAUGAUCCAAACAUUAGAAAACUAUUGUUGAAAGUUCAAACUGGCAAAUUCACUAUACCGCCGGAACUAUCUCCCGAAGCUAAAGAUCUAAUUUCAAAAAUGCUAAAAAUAAAACCAGAAGAACGUAUUAAAAUCGACGAUAUCUUGAAACAUCCUCUUUUAAAAAAGUAUCCAAAUAUAAAAUUGAAAGGAAUAAGCAACUACUAUAACUCUAACAAUGGCCGUAAUAACAAUUUCGACUAUAAUAAACCUCCGAUUCCUAAAGAAAUUUUAAAAAAACCCGUCAAAUUCCAAGAUAUUGACCGAGAAAUACUAAAGGGUCUUCAAGUCUUGUGGCAUGGUGAAGAAGAAAAUGUCAUUGUAUCAAAAUUGACAUCAAACGAAGAAAAUAGUGAAAAGUUGUUUUAUCACUUGUUAAUUAAACAUAGAAGGGAUCAUCCUGACAAUGAUGAUGAUAUGUUUCAUACCAAAAAUAACUCAAACAAUAAUUAUGGAAACCAAAAUAAUAACAACAAUAACUACCAUAAAAAUCAUGAUGCCAAUCACAGUAAUUAUAACUACAAAAACUAUAAUAAUGACUACAAAAAUCAUUACAAUUCAACCACUAAUAAUACAGAUGAUAAAAACAUCUCUGUUAAAAAGGUUGUAAAUAGGAAAUUGCAGAACCAAAAAGUUAUAAAACAGUUGAAUGAUUCUUCUAUCACUGCGCAAGACUUGAUAAAACAAAAAAAAUUAACCAUUACACAUUCCAAGAGCAUAGUAACAACCACAAUAGUAGAUGAAAAUGGAAACAAAAAUGUUAUAAUUUCAACAGAACCAAUUCCCAAGUCAACUAGAAUGCGAUCCUCUUCCUCUAAAAAACUAGCUCAAAUUAAGAAAGAUUAUAAAAGAUCUGGCGGAAAAACUUCUAAACCAAAAUCAAAAACAAAAGAUCAUGGUGGCAAGGUUGCAAUAUCCGCUUCUUCUUCCUACAGAAGAGCCGUAUCUUUUAAUACAAAAGAUUCACAAGGUAGAGUAAAAAGCAGCACAAGCAUUUCAAAAAAAUUACAUUUACAACAGCUGCAGCAACACCUACUGGAUCAAGUACAAGGAAAUGUACCUCCUUUACCAGAUAAUAUAUCCAAUGAAUUAAGUUUUAUGAAGGGCCAUUCUAAAAGAGAUUCGGCCAAUGCAUUUACUAUUCCUACCAACUUUGAUGAUAUUUUAUCAAUUUCUCAAAGUCCUUCAAGAUCAAGUAUGGAUACUCCCAAUAAAAAAAUCAAACUAUCAACUGCAGAUGAAUUUUUUAAUGGCCAUAACUCAUAUAUUGAUCUGGAUCUUUCAAAUACAAGCGAAAUAGGGGUUAAUAUCAAAAGGCUUUCAAUUGGCUCAUCUUCAAGCAAAAGGUCUAGCUUCAGAUUAUCUCUUACAAAUAAAAGAAAUUCUAUGCCUGGGAAAACGAAACGCAACUCUAGAUCUUAUAUAACAACCAAACAAACCUCCAAAAGUCCUGCAAAAGACUAUUUAAAUCAACCUACUUUCAACAUGCCUCCUCCUAAUAACUUGACCGGACUUAAUUGGUCUGCAAAAGAGAAUCCUCUCACAUCAAAAGAUUUUGCUGCUUUAUGUGAACAUGCUUUUGGUUUUAAUAUUGAAAAAAACUCAAAUGAAAAUCACAAGAUUCUGAAAUUUGAUAAAAAUAAAAAAGAACUUGAACGUCUAAGAAAGGAACAAGAAGAUAAAAAAGAACAGGAGAGAAUUGAUGCAAUUAAGAGAGCGGAGAUGAUGGCUCAAAUGUUAAAAGAAAAAGACGAAGAAGCAAGGCUAUUGAAGAUUCAAUAUGAAAAAUUACUAAAAGAAAAAGAUUUAGCAUCAAGCGAUCAACGCAGAGCUAUAUCAAGCCCUCUACCCUCAAAUUCUGAAGAAGAAGAAGAAGCAUCAAGUUCUACAAAAGAACCUGGCUUAAUAUCAAAACUGGCCAACCAAAGAAGAGCAAUUAGUGAAAAUAAAUAUCUGAAGAUUGCUCAGAACACUGAUUAUAAAAAGCCCAAAGUCAAAUUUAUGGUUUCAGAAACUUCUAAUGGCAAUGAUUCCAAAGACAUGACUGGUUCAACAACUUUGAUCAAUGAAUUUAGCAAUGUAUCUCUUAGAAACUAUAUGGAGAAACCUAAAACAAAUAGGUUACCUCCAGAAACUUCAACUGAUUUAAUAAUUGAAGAAGAUGAUAUUUAUGCCGAUGCCCAAGAAUCUCUUACUCAGGUGUUUCCUGGUUACAGCUCUAGAUCAAAUUUUGUUAAAUACAAUCAAAAAAUCAAUUCAAACAAAUCCAGCUCGAAUCAGAAUAAUGAUUUCCUAAAUUCAGGUGUGCUUAAAGAAGAAGAAGGUUCUCUGCAAACUACUAUCAAAAAUAAUAAUACUUUAUCUCAACUUCAUGCAUCGAGCAAAUCAACUAAUCAAGUUUUAAUUUCAAAACUGGUUGCGGUUCUGCCUGAUAAAAAUUCAAGCUCUUCAGAUAACAAGGAAAUAGACGAAUUAACCAAAACCCUUGAGGUGACAACUUUGGAUCCUACAAAACUGAAAGAUUCUGGAUCGCGUCAAAUACUGUUGAUUCCUUACAGAGAAGCACCAAAAGCCCCUAUGAGUCCCACAGCAACAAACAUUGACUCAAAUACAGUGAAUGCUAAUAGCAGUCAUGGCUCUUCAGUUAUUCAAAAUGUUGAAAAUAAAAGGAUAACAAUGAUUGGGGAUUCAAUAAUGACCAAACACAUUACUACUAAUUUUGGCAAUACCGGAAAUAAAGGUAAAGAUUUGACUGUGAAAUUACGACCACAAUCAUAUAGCGCUGAAACAGCACCAGCAAAAGGUUCUUUAAACAAUCAAAAUCCUAUAGAAAAAGUUAGAAUAGCUUCUUCUGUUGCACAACCAAAGCAGAGUUGGUUUUCAAAAGUAAUUAAUAAUUUAGUUUCGUCUGGAUCUUCAAAUGAAUCGAAAUCAAUUGAAACAUUUUUGGCAGCUGAUAAAUUGGUCCCCAUAAUUAGAGAUUCUUUAAAUACUCGAUUAAAAGAAGGGACAGUUUCAAAAGUAAAAUUUGAACCUAAAAAUAAUACUAUCAACGGCGUUAUUCCAGCCAAAGUUGCUCAUGGAAGAUCAUUGAAGUUCAAGUUACAUAUUAAGCCUUUGGCCACUACAAGCAAAGAUGAGCUGACAGUUAGAUCAAUUGUAACCAUAAGUAAGGCUAAGGGAUCACUGAAAUCAUUUCAAACUUUGGUUUCGGCUGUUGAAAAAAUAAUAGAAAAUGAAGAAAAAAAUGCUAAAACUAAUUAA